AUGGACAGAAAAAUGCUCCGUAGCAGUGAUUCUGUGGUCGAAGUAGAAAAGAUGACUUUAAGUCCAUUGAGAACAAGAAAUAGAAUAAACAGUGACAGCGCAACUGGCUGUCCAGACUCCUUGAUUAAAGAGCUUCAUCACUUCAGGAUUCUGGGAGAAGAACAGUACAACCGCUACCAGCGCUAUGGGGCUGAGGAAUGUGUGCUGCAGAUGGGAGGAGUGCUGUGUCCAACUCCCGGCUGCGGAGCAGGUUUGCUUACUGAACCAGGAGUGAGGAAAAUUACAUGUGAACCAGGCAACGGAAUAGGCUGUGGGUUUGUGUUCUGCCGUGAAUGUAAAGAAGAAUACCAUGAAGGGGAAUGCAGCUCUCUCCACAGCACGCAGGGAGCCAUGGCCCAGAAGGGUUACAUAGUUGAUGAACGUGCAGCCAUGCAAGCUCGAUGGGAAGAGGCAUCUAGAGAAACAAUCAAGAAGACAACCAAGCCAUGCCCCAGCUGCAAUAUUCCAGUAGAAAAAAAUGGUGGCUGCAUGCACAUGAAGUGUCCUCGCCCUCAGUGCAGAUUUGAGUGGUGCUGGAACUGUGGCCUGGAGUGGAACAGAACCUGCAUGGGAGAUCACUGGUUUGACUAG